AUGAGGCGGGCGCUCGCCUUUUGCCUCCUCUGGCAGGCGAUCUGGCCCGAGCCGGGAGGUGGUGAGCACCCCACCGCCGACCGCGCCGGCUGCUUGGCCUCGGGGGUCUGCUACAGUUUGCACCACGCCACGAUGAAGAGGCUUGCGGCCGAGGAGGCCUGCGCCCUGCGCGGCGGGGCGCUCAGCAGCGUGCGGGAGGGGACCGAGCUGCGCGCUGUGCUCGCGCUUCUGCGGGCAGGCCCAGGGCCCCGGGAAGGCUCCAAAGACCUUCUGUUCUGGGUGUCGCUGGAGCGCAAGCGUUCCAACUGCACCCUGGAGAACGAGCCUUUGCGGGGUUUCUCCUGGCCGUCCUCCGACGCCAGCGGGUCUGAAAGCAACUCGACGCUGCAGUGGGUGGCGGAGCCCCAACGUUCCUGCACCGUGCGGAGAUGCGCGGCGCUCCAGGCCACUGGGGGGGUCGAGCCCGCAGGCUGGAAGGAAAUGCCGUGCCAGCUGCGCGCCCAGGGCUACCUGUGCAAAUACCAGUUUGAGGGCUUGUGCCCCGCGCUCCCCCCAGGGGCCGCCUCUAAUUUGAGCUACCGCGCGCCCUUCCAACUCUCCAGCGCGGCGCUGGACUUCAGCCCCCCUGGGACCAAGGUGAGUGCGUUCUGCCCGGGGCAGCUACCCAUCUCAGUUACCUGCGUCGCCGACGAGACCGCAGUGCGCUGGGACCGACUCCCCUCGGGCGCGGUGCUCUGUCCCUGCCCUGGGAGGUACCUCCGUGAUGGCAAAUGCGCGGAGCUUCCUAACUGCCUAGACGACUUGGGAGGCUUUGCCUGCGAAUGUGCUGCGGGCUUUAAGCUGGGAAAUGAUGGACGCUCUUGUGUGACCAAUGGGGAAAGACAGCUAGCCCCUGGGGGGACCAGGGUGCCCACCAAGAGUCCACCGGCCUCUGAAACCAGCCCCAUACCGAAGAGGACGUUGUCACCCAGGGCCCCCGAGAAGCCAAGAGAGGUACCCCAUGUCCCUGAACAAGGCAGUUCAACAACCUCUUUUCCUGAGAUUCCUCAGUGGGGAGCACAGAGCACUAUAUCUUCCCUUCAAGUGUCCCCUCAAGCCAAGUCAAAGGCCACCGUCACCCCCUCAGGAAGCGUGACUCCUACAGCUCUCUCUGCCAAUCACCAAGCUUUGGACUCUUCCUCCACCGUGGUCUUCAUCCUCGUGAGCAUAGCAGUAGUGGUGCUGGUGAUCCUGACCAUGACCAUGCUGGGACUUUUCAAACUCUGCUUUCACAAGAACCCUUCCUCCCAGUCACCCAAGGGAUCUUUGGCGCCCCCAGGCAUAGACGGCGAUGCUGAGGCCGCUGCUUUGAGCUCCAAUUCUGCACAUUGCACAGAGAGUCGGGGGAAGGUCGGGGACUGUGGUCUUCCAGACUGAACAGAAGCCACCUCGCCGGCAGGGUCCUCUCUUGGCUCUGGCCAUACAUAGAGGAACAGGGACAAGGGCACUCCUGGUAAACAGAGUUUUUCACUUUGGAUGAAAAGAGUAACCGAGAAAAACUUAUUUGUGGGGUGACUGUUCCUGCAGAAAUACCCCCCUUCUCUAAAUUCCCUCUACAUUACUGAGGAGCUAAAUCAGAGCGCCACACUCCUUCCCUGAAGAUGGAAGUGGGCUGUGCUUCAGGGUGGUACUGAGGGGCAGAGUCCUACUGGGCAGAGGUAUUUUCUCAUGUUUAUUCUGGAGCUUUGGGAGAAGUGGUUGGACUUUUCAAGACUUGGAAACAAAUAGAAAACAAUACAAUUAAUCAAAAAAUUUUUUUUUUACCAAAUGGAAAGGAAAUCUGCUUACAUUCUUCAGGCUGGGAAUAUAUUGGUUUAAA